GUACUUAAUGAUCAGCGACUUGACUUGGCAGCUCGCUCGUUUGUCUUAAAAUUAGUGAAUUGCAUUUAUUCUGUAAUCGAUCGUAAGCCUAGCAGGUUGACAAAACGCGUAGUGUCGCUAAUACGAGCGAUGAAAAGGACGUAACGUCAUCGAGCAUUUAAACGGUUUAAUAACUACACCGCGUCGGUAAAUACAUAUAAAUAUUAAAGUAUAAAAAAUAGUAUAUUCAAUUGAUUUUAAACAAUUUAUAUGAAAAAUACUGAAAUAAAAAAAUAUUAUAUACGAGUACAAUAAAAAAUUAUUAUAAAAAGGAACUUGUAUAUUGUUUGGUACAAUUCAACAAUUCGAAAACAAAAUGUCAAAAUAAAAAAUACAAAUUAAAGAAAAAAUACAAAUAAAUCAAAACAAAAAAAUCACAAAAAAAAAUAUAUCAAAAUCUCUCCACUCCUUCGUAUGCGCCAAUUUAAAACUCAUUAGCGCCUAGUUGUGAAACUGCUGCUGCUGCUAAAAUAAUGGAAUAAUUGCUUUCAUUUACCGUUAAUUUGCCUUUGCAGUGCAUACGCCAGCAAACUAUGACAAUCUCACCGCAAUACAAAGUGAGAUGAGUUGAAACAUAUUUUUUUUUAUUAUCCACUGUGAUUAUCAUAAUGCUGGAUAAAUACAUAAAUCUACUAUUGCCAUGCAGUCUGGGAUUGAUAUGGAUUUGGCUGACUGAUUCAACGGAUGCCUUAAUGAACUACACGGCAAAACCACGCGUAGUCCUUCCACCUAAUUAUGUCAAGGAAAUGAGACCACCUUCGAAGAAAGGCUCUCCAGUGAUAGUAGACUUUAGCAUAUUUGUUGUAGAUAUUAACUCAAUCAAUGUAGAGGAUAUGGACUUUAGGGUAGAUAUGUUUAUACAUCAACGGUGGAAUGAAUCAAGGCUCGAGGUCUCUGAUGAUAUAUUCGAGGAGGGCGAUGACUAUGUGACACUACUUCCAGAAUUCUUCGAUAAUCUCUGGCAACCGGAUCCAUACUUUUUGAAUUCGAAAAUUGCCGAGAUUGCAACACUAACGCACAAAUUCACCUCAGUGACUUUAUAUAAAAAUAAAACGGUCCGAUAUGCGGCGCGAAUGCAUGCGAUCAUCGCUUGUCAAAUGGAAUUUCAACUCUAUCCGAUGGACAUACAGGUGUGCCCCAUCUAUAUAGAAAGCUUCUCAUCGAAUAAUCAAAAAGUGAAAUUACGUUGGUCCGAUUCUGGCGUCACUUUGAAUCCUGAACUCAAAUUACUGCAAUACAACCUCGGCCAACCGCUCGAACUGGAGGAGAGUGACGGCUAUAUGCCCGAGAAAGUUGGCAAUUUUUCACGUCUAACAGUGUAUUUUCGAUUUGAGCGACAAAUCGGACAUCAUCUCAUACAGACGUUUGCGCCGUCAUCGCUUGUGGUAAUGUUGUCCUGGUUUAGUUUUUGGUUGGGACUCGAUGCCAUACCGGGUCGUGUGACGUUGUUGGUCACAUGCAUGUUAACUUUAGUCACCAUGUUUACGGGUCUUCGAGCGGAUAUACCACCGGUGGCCUAUGUGAAGGCGCUGGAUCUUUGGAUGGCCGGUUGUAUGGUGUCUGUAUUUGCAGCUUUGGCGGAAUUUGUUGUUGUCAAGGUGUUGGAUGUACAAUACCAAUAUCAAGUCAAUAAAAUACCGAAAGUGUUGCCGAUGCGCAUAAGCAACAUGGAAAAGGGUCAGUGUACAACGGUGGCCAGUUGGGAAGGCGGUGCAGUGCGUUCACGCAAGUCCACACAGACACCAACAACGCCCGGACAGACCUCGCUACAGGGCAACGGCGGCCCACCGAAGCCGGCGCGUCGUCAAAGUCUACUAUCGGUGGCCUGGACCGACACCGAUACGGGUGUGGAGAAGAUAAUGUGGCGCGAAAUCGAUAAAGUAUCACGCGCCGUAUUUCCCAUAUUAUUCUUCGUCUUCGUGCUACUCUAUUGGCCCAUAUUGCUGAUGAAGUCAUCCUAGGAUUUACGGAGUUCCAGAAUACCCAGUUCUGGACUCCGUUGAAACCGUUAUGUCUAUGUAUACUGCUAUAUAUAGUGUAUACACAUAUGAACAAAGCAAAAUAUUUACUUACAUACAUACAAAACAUUUGUAUGUAUUUGUAUUUAGUAUGAGUAUAUGAGAACAACAAACACAUGCGCGCAAAUGCAAAAUAAGUAGUUAGUGAAUAUAUGCAACAAAUAAGUUCGAGUUUUUUAGUGGAAUUAAAAAAAAAUAAAAAAAUAUUUUUAUCGAAAACUUUUUUUAAGCAGUUCGGUUUGAUAUGUGUACGCUUUUAGCGCGGCAUUUUGUUUAAAAUUAAAUACGAAAUGAAUAUGUUGCAUAAUGUAGUUGCGAUUUGCUCUUUUUUACAUAUGUAUGUAUGCUGAGAUAAUAAAUUGUAUUAUUAAUAAGAAAAUAUGUAGAUAAAUAUGUAAUUACAGCGCUUUUAAGUAUGUAGUAUUUUCAGUCAUCAGCAUUAAUUUCAGCAGUAAGUACUACGUAUAGAUUUUAGGUUAUAGAUUUUAAGUAAAUACAUGCAUAUGUAUGCGUCGAUAGGGUUGUUUAAAUAUUUGCGAAAAUAUUGAAAUUAUCAAAAUAUUGUGUAUAUUUGUAAACUUGUUCGAAAAUAUUUCGAUUUUCAGAAUUUAUAUUUUUCAACAUCAAAUACGUAUCGAUCAUACGUAUAUAAUAUUUUUUGUAACUCAGAUCACUUUUGAUCCUUACUACUCGAUAAAGCACACCAAUUGGGUAUGAAUUGAUAACAAAUAGUCCAAGAUUUCCCAUUUUUUUAUUAAAAGAACAAUGGAGACAGACGUGACAGCCAAAGAUAAAUACUUAUUUCCACUCACUUUCAGAAAAAAUCCACUGGCAGUAAAUUUCUACACAAGAAUAACUUAAAACAGUCAGUUCCGACUAUAUUAAAAUUUUUGUUUUAUACACAUAUCGGGUUGAUUGAUUUGAUUUUAAAAAAUUCAAUAUAUUCUUUGUAAGAUUUACGAGACACACGC